UCUGGGUAGAGACUAUAUAACUGCAGACUUGUAUCGGCGAGUCACUGAAGCAUUCAGCUUCCUCUCAUUGACAACUGUUGUAGUGUGAACUAUGAACAAUUGAUUGACAGUGUAACAUACGCAUAAAGCCUGCCCGCUGCCUCCAGAGGUUGGUUCCAGAACAAUUGUCUUUCACAGGCAGUAGCAAACAGCCUUGUUCGCUUGUUGAAUGAUUGCAACCAUUUUCAAUGUUCUCCAAACAUCUUGUCAGAUUGGGACGUCAAUACUUUGUUCUUCUGUCACAUUUUGUUGACUGAAGCUAUGGGUCAUGCAACAUGGAUUAUUCUCCUUUGACAAAAACCAACAACCAUCCUGGAGAGUAACCUCGCCGUGAGUAAUGAUCAACCGGAUGACAGUGAAGUGGGGCAGAUAAUGCGGCUCUAUCAAGUGGUUUGAAUGAAGGACUGUCGGCUAUCAGCAAUCCCAAUCUGAACACGCUUGAACCAGCAUCAAUAUCGAUAUGAGCAACAGGACCUGAAUAUUGAGAUUAAAUCAGUCAACAGCAGGAGGGAACGCUAGGAACUAUGUUUGUAUCAAUGAUUUAAUAAGCAGUGUGUAUGUGUGCCAUGUCCAAGUGGGGGACCAGGAGUUCUUUUCCCCCCACAGGGAUAUCCACAAGAGAUUCAAUUGGAUGUUUAUACCAGGACGGCAGUUAUCACUAAAGGCUCACUGUGGCUAUUGUAGCAAGCAUGGUGUGUUUAACUUUACAGCUGAUCCUCUGCUGGUUUCUACAGGUGCUCUCAGAACCAGUCUACCUACCACCUCCAGAGCCAGAGUUCCUCACUGUGCCCAACAACAUCACUGUUCGUGAAGGGGAACUGGCCAAGCUACCCUGUUCAGUGCUUCAUCUGGGAACAAAGCAGGUGGGCUGGAAACGCGUUGACAAGGAUCACAUGACAACAAUUGGGACAAUGACAUGGGUGAAGGAUCGUAGCAUAACUGUGGACAACAUUGAGAAAAGUGAGGAGGUGUCUGACUGGAACCUCAUGAUAAAGAACGUCCAGCCUAUCCAUGCAGGGAUGUAUGAGUGCCAGAUCACAACGCCAGAGAAGUUGUGAAGGAAAGUGCAACUGAAUGUAUUUGGUCCUCCAAUCACAGAUCCUGAUAUUUCCAUUAUCGGAAAGGAGUAUGUUGAGACAGGGGAAGACAUCAGGCUUGUCUGUAAUGCUACAGGUGGACCACACAUUCCAGAGGAAAUAGACUGGUUCAAAGAUGGAGACAAAAUUGACACUAAAAAGUACAGGAAUAUUUUAAUCACAAAGUAUCGGUCUUUGCAUGACCGUUCUAUGGUCAGUGAACUCAUAAUUGACCGAAGCACGCUCCGAGAUUCUGGAACUUAUAUAUGCAGGAGUUCUUCUGAUGAGAUUGAUAGUAAAAGAGUUACUGUGUUAUUUGGAGAUUCUCCAAGAUGGGAGAGAGAACCACAAAAUGAGGAGGGCACCCCCUUCAAGGAUGGAGUGAGUGGCUGCUCCCGACAGCGACAUCCCCAGUUGUUACUGAUGCUGUUACUAUUCCACAUAUACCAGUCUUCGUGUACGUAGCAGCAUGGGGACUACUGAGACUGUCGUCCUCCUCGUCCUCAGCCUUGGUGCUAUAGUGUGCCUUCGUCAGUGUGGUCCUCCCAAUACACCAACCAGAACAAAACAAAUUUCUGCAAUUUGUGGAUAUUUUUUAGAAAAAUGUGUUCAUGAUAUUACAAAAUUUUAAUUUAACAUUUUUUACAAAUGAAUUUGAAAUAGAACUUUAAUGAUUUGUGUGUGUGUUGAAAACAAUUUUUCGUUCUUGGAGACAGUGAGUGUGAGGCACAGAAGGUGAUCUACGUGGUGAGACUGAUUGUCACACUGCAAGGGGUAGAAACACAGAACACGAUCCUGUCUACAGCAAGGAGCAGCAACAGCCUCUGUAUUCUGGAUAGAUACACUGAAGCCGGAUGUGUGUGUUAUAAGGAUACUGAAUAGGUAUUAUGUAUUUUCAAAAUUGAGAGGAAAUGUUUUUACAAUCUGAGCAAAAUUUGUAUUUGAAGAAUUGUUUUCUGUAAACUGCAUGAUUAGAGUAUUGUAAGGGAUGCUGUAUAUAUAUGGAUGGUGUUUCUAAGUGAAGACACUCACUACCAAUGGAGUCAGCGUUGGGGAUUCAACAGCAGCUGUUAGUGUGUGUGUUUUCAAAAUCAAUACUGGAGACGUGCACAAGGAUGUCGAAAUACAGAGGGGAGCCAAUAAAAUGGGUAAAAGAGA